AUGGAAACUUCAAUUCCAGUUCUUCAUCAAGAUCAGAUUCCUACUCCGGUUCUUAAUCCAAUUCCAACUCUUCACUCAGUUCCACCACAAACCUCUAUUCCUUUACCUGAUUUUCUCACAAAUCCAGGAAAUGUUCUCUAUCUUCAUCCGAGUGAAACUCCUUCAAAUCUUCUUGUUUCUUCAGUUCUUAAUGGUGCAAACUAUCAUGCUUGGUCAAGGUCUAUGAAGAUGGCUCUAAUGUCCAAGAACAAGCUUAAAAUUGUCGAUGGCUCAUUGCUUAUUCCUAAUGUAACAGAUCCUUCAUAUCAAGCUUGGGAGAGAUGUAAUAACAUGGUCCUUGGCUGGAUUCACAAAUCAAUCAGUGAUUCCAUCAGCAAAUCCAUCCUCUGGAUUGAUAAGGCUGUCGAUGCUUGGAAAGAUCUUAAUGAUCGAUUCUCUCAGGCUGAUAUCUUCAGAAUCUCUGAUCUUCAGGAGGAAAUUUACAAGCUGCAACAAGGUGAUCGAAAUGUUGCUGAUUAUUUUACUGAACUGAAAAUACUAUGGGAUGAACUUGAGAUUUUGAAACCUCUACCUCAUUGUACUUGUUCUGCAAUCAAUCAUAUGCGAAAGUACAGAGAUCGUGAUCAUGUAAUCAGAUUUCUGAAAGGAUUGAAUGAACAAUUUCACAAUGUUCGAUCUCAGAUCAUGUUGUUUGAUCCACUUCCCGAAGUCAACAAAGUGUUCUCACUUAUACUGUAG